AUGGCCAACUCAAAAUUUGAAUACGUCAGACUAUUCGAACAACCCGAUAAUCUCAUCCGCGAGACAUGGAUUGUCGUCCGCAUAGAUGGUCGAGGAUUCCAUAAACUGUCAGAUAAAUACAAAUUCGAGAAACCGAAUGAUCGUCGCGCAUUGGAUCUUAUGAAUGCUGCUGCUGUGGCUGUUAUGAAGGAUUUGCCUGAUUUGAUUAUUGCAUAUGGUGUUAGUGAUGAGUAUAGCUUUGUCUUCCAUCCUAAUUGCGAUUUAUUUGAGAGGAGGAGCGCAAAACUCGUAACGACAAUAGUAUCAACGUUUACAGCCUCAUAUGUCCAUCAAUGGCCAUCCUUCUUCCCCGAUAAGCCUCUUGAGUUAUCGAAUCUGCCGACCUUCGAUGGGCGGGCUGUUCAGUAUCCGAAUGCGAGAAUAUUACGCGAUUAUAUGAGUUGGAGACAGGUUGAUUGUCAUAUCAAUAACUUGUACAAUACAACAUUUUGGGCGUUGGUCUUGAAAGGUGGAUUGAGUAACGUCGAGGCUGAGAAGGAGUUGUCUGGCACUGUCUCAUCUGACAAAAACGAGAUUCUAUUCAGCCGUUUCGGAAUAAACUACAACAACGAGGAUGAGAUUUACAAAAAGGGCAGUGUCGUGUAUCGACAGUAUCAACUUGAGGAUCAGCCCCCAACGACAGCACCAUCGACACAAGUGCCAGAAUCGCAAGCAACUACCGAAGUCUCCAAAACACAACAAGAGAAAAUGCGUAAACUACGACGCAAAGCGCAGGUCGUCGUUGAGCAUGUGGAUAUUAUCAAGGAUGAUUUUUGGCAGAGGAGGCCGUGGUUGUUGUCUGGUAAACCCGGAAAAUUGCCUGUAGAAAAUAUCCAGGCAUAA